AUGCCGAGGUCUUCUUCCUCCGCGCCCCGCAUCCUCGGCAGGGCCAUGGCCAUCCUCACCCUGCCGCUCACCCCGCUCUCCAAGGCCAGGGCGGCGACGACCCUGCUCCUCUUCAAGAGGCGCCGCGCGCGCCGCCUGCGCCACUACAACUACGCCUACGUGGGCGAGUACCAGUUCUCCCCGUCCGGCUCCCCGCUGCUCCUGCCCCGCCCGCCCGGCGUCUCCGCGUGGCGCGCCAGGCGGCGGAGCCGGGCCAGGACGGUCCUCGCCGCGCUGCUCUGCGGCGGCGGGUGCGGCUUCGGCGGCUUCGACGGGGACGGCGGGAUCGACGUCGCCGUGCUCGACGGCCUGCUGCCCCUGCCCCAGGCUCUGCAGGAGGACGAGCGGGCGGCUGACGACGGCGCGUCGUACGGGUACGGCGAGGAGGAGGUGUCCGACGGCGAGGAGGGGGUGGAGGUGGCGGAGGAGUUCGAGGGGGACGAGGAGGUGGACGGCCGCGCCGAGCGGUUCAUCGAGAGGUUCUACGAGGAGAUGAGGCUGCAGCAGAGGCGCCUCCUCUAG